UAGGUAAUUUUUUUUUGUUGAAAACAGUUCUGUUGGUCAGCCUGACAAGAUAUCAAGCAUCAUUCGCUCCAAAAAUCAGCUGUGGCGUACACUACUUUGCUUUGAAAGAGGUUAUGUUGUUGUCACAAUGGCUUCACAAGAAAGAUUGACUUUGGAUGAGAUUGCGAGUGCUUUGAUGGAAGAUGAUGACUGCAUAGAUGGCUACAUAACUAUUCUACCCACUGGAGACCUAUCUGAUGAAGACAGUGGCGACGAAGAUGAUGAUAAUUUGGAUCACCUUCCAGGUAAUAUUCUUCUCUCUGAAGCAGAAGCAACAGUGAAGCGUUUUGUGGAUGGUGAAGUUGUGAAGGAGGUUAUUACCACAUCAAUUGAAAAUAAUGUGAAUGAUCAAAUAACAAACAUCAAUCAUCCUAAUUCUCAUAACAAUGAUGAUGCUACUUGCUCUGUUUCAAGAAAAAGAAAACAAAGAAAGACACAUGAGGCAAGUAAUACACAAUCAAAGGGCACUGUGAAAAGAAAGAGAAUUAGAGAUUGGGUGACUAAGGAUGUAAAUUUGGUACCUGAGAGAGAAUUUGAACUUCCUGAAUGGCUUCAGAAUUUUGAAACCACUGAUCCAGUCAAAUAUUUUGAACUGCUUUAUGAUGAUGAAGUUCUUGAUUUGAUUUGUGAUUUUUCUAAUCUAUACGCUUUUCAAAAUGGUGAACCAAAUUUCAAAGUUGAAAAAAAUGAGAUGCGAGUUUUUCUAGCUAUAUUACUGAUCAGUGGCUACUGUCAAGUUCCACGAUUACGAAUGUAUUGGGAUGAAAGGCCUGAUACAAAUAAUAAGGCUAUAGCCGAUGCUAUGUCACGUAAUCGAUUCAUUCAGAUUAUGAAAUAUUUUCAUGCUUGUGACAAUAAUAACUUGUCCAAGCAUAGAUUUGCAAAAGUUUUGCCUCUUUGGAACAAAUUAAAUGAGAAUUGGCUCAAGUACUUCCCAAAUGAAGUGAAUCUAUCCAUUGAUGAGUCAAUGAUACCAUAUUAUGGACGUCAUGGGGGUAAACAGCAUAUGCACAACAAGCCCAUUCGCUUUGGUUACAAGGCAUGGUGUCUUUGUACCCGGUUGGGAUAUGUUGUUCAGUCCCAACUGUAUCAAGGAUGUAAAACCGGCAUAAAUGACAUAAAUUUAGGAUUAGGUGGGUCUGUUGUAUUGGACCUCAUUGACAAACUACCUGAAAAAGAAGGUUGUAGUUUGUAUUUUGAUAACUUUUUCACAAGCAUCACAUUGCUUGAAACACUAAAGGAAAUGGGAUUACAUGGUACAGGAACAAUGAGAGCUAAUCGUGUUGAAAAAGCUCCUCUAACUGAUGUAAAAGCAAUGACCAAAAAGGAAAGGGGAACAUGUGAGUCAAUAACUGAUUCAAAUUCUGGAGUGACACUUAAAACAUUGGACUGA